AUGGCUGAGGUCGAAAAUCCCGCCAUGGACGAAUCUUUCGCCCUGUCCGAGGCUGCGGACGACCAGAAUCAUGGCAUGACCGCCAGCGCGACGGUCGGCACGAGACGCCAGGCCAACGGCACCAUUGGCUCUGUCUACUCGGGCAACAAGAUCCGGCAUCUCAAGAAGGAGGAUGGCAUCCCCCUGUGGCGCAAAGAUAUUCAGUAUCAGUUCCUCAAGCUCGUCUUCGAGGACAAGACCCCCGUCUUCACGCGGUAUCCCGACGGCCAGAAGAACCUGGACUUUGCCGACAUAUACAUCGACGCAAUGGCGAGGAGCAGCAAGACGAGCAAGAUCCUCAAGGACAAGUUGCAGAAUGAUAAGCCCGCGGCCAUAAGUAUGGCGAUGGUCUGUCUGCUAGUCAAUUUCGGACGCAUGAACACCACGCUGAACUUCUUCCCCGAAAUGCGUGCCCAGUUGCGAACUUACCACUCCAUCCCUUCCCUUCAAGCCCACCAAGAUUCCAAUGCCUACAAGCAGCUGCAGGAUGCUCCGCGUCUCAAGUCUAUACUUAAGGGCGCCUCUGAGGAUGUCGACCAGCCAAAUACAUUGGACAAAAUCAAGCGCCAGGAUGCACCCCGAACAAACCCUGUCAACCUCAUUUUCGUCCUGGCGCAAUAUGCGCCAAAGGUGUCGGAAAUGCAUUUCUUUCCUCCGCGCGACUUCUUCGAUCUGGUCAUGAGAUCUACACUCAGCAGUAAGAGCCGCGCUCGGGCAUUCCUUUGGCUGAUGUGGUGGUACCUGGAGAGCGAUUUCACCGCCGAAGCAGCGAGGAACAACCCGUUCGGACCCGGCCUGGAAGGCGAGGGUGCCGAGGGAUUGCCUUUGAAGGUCCCGGCAUUUGAGAGCUUAACGGAAGAACAGGCCAACGAGGAGAAUGUAGAUACACCCGAGGAACUGGAGUAUGGAGAGAUGAAGAGGCUUGAACGCAAGCGUAUUCUGGAGGAGGAUGAGCCAAUCCCCCGGGUUCCGAAGCGCGCGAAGAAAGAAUACGGCUUCGACGAAGACUCCUUUGCAGGCGACUACUCUGGCAUGGGUGGCCGCGGAUCCGCCAUGUCAACACCACUUCAUCCUUCUGCGAAGCGAAGCUUGGAUGAUGACGACGGCGAGCUCACGCCGGGCAUGGCUCGACCACGCAACAAGCAAGUCAAGCGCGAAGACUCUCUGAACCGGGCAGUGGGCCAGCAACGUCUCAUCUUGAAGACCAGAAUGGAUCACACCCCCGACGCUUCUCCCGCCCCUCCCGGGAACCACCCAGUGCUGAACCGCUUCAUUCCCGAGCCCUCACUAUCCCAGGCGCCUGGCCGUCGACCGCGCCCUCUCACACAACACCAGAUUGCCGUCGAGCAGAACCGCCGGCAACGCAUCGAAUAUCUACUCGCGAAGCGGAGGAGCAACGCAUAUCGCGUAAUCCGCGGCAAACGCGAAAACGAGAUCCCCUUCGUCCGCUACGGUCGCCUGCUACAGGGUCUGCCAGACGGAUACGAUACAGAAGAGGAAGAGUCUGCAUGGGGCAAGGGUGGCCUGGUUCCGAACCCCGAAGAAGAGGACGAUUUCGGCGAGAGUGCGAACUUCUUCCUUUCCGUGGUCCGCAAGGCAUCUCGACGGCUUGAUCGUUGGGACUACGAAGAUGCCAACGGGCCCAAGAAGGAUCGUCGUCAGGAGCGUGAGGAGCGACAGCGCACCAAGGCUGCCCUGGAGGCUGAUGUACGAGCCGCCAACAGCCGAUCUCGCGCACGACCUUCGCGCGGCGGGGCUGCGAAGCGCAAGUCCACCAAUCUAGCGGCAACCCCAGGAGGCAAGAAGCAACCCGGAUCAGCACGCCCGAAGGGUGGUCGCAGUCGCCUUGCCGGUGUGUCAGGGGUGGGCACACCAUCCUGGGACCCCGAGCAUGGCACUGGGCAUGAGUACAUGGAAGGUGAACUAGACGACCUGGACCGCGAGCUGCUCGGCGAGGGAUCCGGUGACGAUGACAUGCCGCCGCGCGCUGGACAAGAUGACGGUGAUUCCUCGGACGAUUCCUCAGACGAUGACGAGAAUUCGUCUACCUACGACGGACCAAACGGCUAUGCACGACACGAAAGCUCAUCUCCCGUUCCGUCUGGAGCAGUCGAACGACGUGAAGGCGGGGACGAGGCAAUGGAGGAUUGA